ACAAUUAUGGCGGCAUAACCUCAAACUAGUUGACAAUUGACGUGUAUUUUUAUUGUGAUAUUGUUUUAUUUAUAAAUAAAAUUAAAGAUGUUUAUAGUAACUAAAGAAAUUGACGGAGAAAAUAUUAGCAAACUGUGUCGUACAUGUUUGCGAGAGGACGGUGAUAAAAUGGUUUGUUUGUUCGUCGGACCAGCAGGUUCUUCUCUUGCUGCCAAACUUAGAUCUUUAUCCUGUUUAGAAGUUUGGCAGGGUGACGGAUUACCAGAAAAAAUGUGUGACAGAUGCGUUACCAGAGCAGAAUCUGCACUUUUGUAUCGAGAACAAUGUAGAGCAGCUGAUAGGGCUUUAAGACAAGCUGCUUUAAAAGUUUCUGGUUUAACUUCUUAUGCUACUGUAUCUGGUUGCAAAUUGUAUCAACAGAGCCAAGGUUUUAUGCCAGUACAGAACUCUCAUAAAACUUUAAAGUGCAUAGAAUGCGGAGCUGUUUUUAUGAGCUAUCAAGAAUUGUGUGCUCACAGUAGACUGCAUUUACCUUUCGUACAAGAAAAUAUUCCCGUCGAACAUAUGCACAUCAUAGAGUCUCAAAAUACGUAUCUUAAUUUCAGCCAUUUGAAUCCUAACAUUUCUAAUGAUAGUAUACAGAAUACUCAAUUAUCACCAUUAAUUACAUCUAAUGUAAUGCAUAUGAUGUCGAUGAACGAGGAUGGUUCUAGCAGAGCAGCUUGUGCUUUACAUUGUUCUCUCUGUAAUCAUACAUUUACUAAUAGAACGCAAUUAAUUUGUCAUAAUAUAGCACAUACUACAGAAAAUAUUGAUAUAUCCUAUGACAACGAGAAUAUAGACAUUUGCGAGAAUUCUAAUCAAUUGCCACAAAAUUUGAGCUACGAAAGAUCUAUUAAUUCCGUUGAUAAUUCCGUUGAAAAUUUAUCUUACCAAAGACCAAACGUGGAUAAUAAUCAAAUGCAGAAUUUAAACUUUCCAGACAAUAUACAACUCGAUGAUGUUCGAGAGAAUGAUACGCAACGCGUUCAAAAUAUAAUGCAUUCAGAAAACGAUGUCACGAAUUUGCAUAAUUUACAAUAUGCUAAAGCACAGAAUAUCGAAACAGAAAGACAUAUCUUAAAUAAUUAUCAAUCUUGUUCAUCCGAUUCUGAUUAUAAGGAAAAACUUGAUUCAAAGGAGUUAUCUAAUUCGUAUUUAAAAAAAUACAAAUGUAAAUUGUGUACUAAAAUAUUCAAUCAGAAAUCUAAAUUACUCGCACAUCAGGUAUCUCAUAGUGAUCAAAAACCAUACAAGUGUCACAGUUGCGAAAAAGCUUAUGCGUCUAAAAGUAAAUUAAACGCGCAUGUGAGACUUCAUACUAAAAAAAAUGUACAUUUAUGCAAAUUGUGUAACAAAGUAUUUACGUAUCCGUCUUAUCUCGAAGAACAUAUGAAAACUCAUAACAAGAUAUAUAAUAAUGAUUCCAAAAAAGUAUUACAACUCGAAGGAUUCCAAUGUAAUACUUGCAAGAAACGAUUUAGAUUGAUAAAAAAUUUAAAAGCGCAUGAAAAACUGCAUACAGGGAAAGAUCUUAUUCAAUGUGAGAUAUGCGAUAAACGGUUUAGUCAAAACUACAAUUUGAAAGUACAUUUGCAAACCCAUAAGUCGAUAAAGAUGCACAAAUGCGAAUAUUGUAACAAAUGUUUCACACAAAAGGGUAAUUUGGUGGAACACUUGAGAAUUCAUACUAAGGUAAAACCAUUCGAGUGUAAAUUAUGUGGCAAAACAUUUUCUCAAUCGAGUCAUCUUAAGAAUCACGAAGCUUCGCACGUUUCUCUGAGACAACAUCAAUGUCGAUUAUGUGGUAAACGUUUUAAAUUGGCUAAUCAUUUAAAAAGACAUUUGAAUCUGCAUACGGGAACUAAAACGUACAAGUGCGAGCAAUGCAAUCAAAUGUUUUCUCAGGCUUUCAGUUUAACGAGACAUAUGAAGAGGCACUGCGAUACUCACAUUUAAUUGUAUUGUAAAAAGAAAUUAUUUAUAAAGUAUAUCGCGUAAUAUUACAAUAUAUCAUUCUUUAAAGUAUACAUAUAAUAAAAUAUCUUCGUACAACGAACGGAUUCAUAUAUUAUUCCAAAUAAUCAUUAUAUAAAGAGCCGUAAACGUGCAAUUUUGCGUUGUCGUAAGAAUAUGUAAACCUUCUUCAAGUUGACCCGGUGUAAUGGUCAAUGGUGGUGAUAUUCUUAUAAUCUGACCAUGCGCAGGUCUUGUUAAUAAACCUGCGUCACGUAAUUUCAAACAAAUAUCCCAACCCUCCGCCAUGUCUAUGAACAAACACAUAAAUGAUGGUUAAUUUAAGAUGAUAUUAAAAGAUAAGAAAAUACCUUUAUUGAUAAGAAGACCAGCCAACAAGCCACGUCCUCUAAAUUCCACGGCAAUAUCUUUCGAUUUACCUCAUCGUUUGCCAGGACACCAGAAACUGGAUACAUUCCACCAGAAAGUGCUUUUCCUAGAAUCAUAAUAUCUGGUUUUUGAUUUUCGUGAUCUACCGCCAUACGUUUCCCAGUUCUGCACAAUCCGGUUUGUACUUCAUCAGCGAUCCAUAAAACGUUGUAUUUCGUACACAAAUCUCUAACACCUUUUAAGUAUCCAUCCUGUAGAAAACAAAUGUUCAAAUAUUUCAGAAUAAAGCUUGUCAGGGUAUUUGAUUACCAAGUAA